AUGACUAAAUUCUACUACGUCAUUGGUCACAUUGAGCAUCAAUACGCGAAAGAAAUAAAGGACAUAAUAGUGAACCCUCCAGCGGCUCAAAAGUAUGACAAGCUCAAAUCUGAGUUAAUUAAUAGAUUGUCCGCAUCGAAAGCGUCUAAAAUUAAACAGUUGCUGCGCCACGAGGAACUUGGUGACCGAAAACCCUCGCAAUUUUUCCGGCACCUUAGGGAUCUAGCCGGUGCCGAGUUUCCUGACGAGUAUUUGCACACGAUAUGGAUCAGUAGACUACCAGUAAACGUCCAAACAGUUCUUGCCGCGCAGAGAUCGGCUACAUUAGAAGAACAGGCCGAACUAGCAGACAGGAUUAUGGAUAUAGCUUAUUCAACGCCCAACGUUUAUGCUAGUGUAAGUCCAUCACCUGUUGACGACGACCUGCGAAAAGAAGUAUCGGAGCUGCGAAGGCAAAUUGAGAUGCUGACAUCCAAGUUUAGCAAUAGAUCUCGCCAGAGUGCCAGACAACCACAACGAGGGCGCUCACGAAGCCGUUCUCAGUCAAGCUACCGCAAAUACCCGGUUUGUUUCUACCACUCCAAAUACGGUAACCAAGCCAAUAAGUGCGUUCGACCUUGCGACUUCAAAACCUCGGAAAACGAAAAGGGCAGUCGCUAA